AUGGCGCGGUCGUCGUCUCCUCUCGUCAACAAGGCUUCGCCCACCGAGCAGCCCCGCCUGCUCUGCACUCGCCGUUCUUCAAAGCGUGUCACCGCUUUGAGCCCGGAGGCGCUCCUUGAUGCCACCCUUGCCGGCGUCGAGCAGCAGGAUGACGCCGGUGUCAUCGCUGCCGCCACGGCUCUGAAGCGAGAUGCUACUCUCUCAGAUGAGACCCUGGCGGUUCACGCUGGGGAGAAGAUGGGGAAGAACGGAGCCAUGGACACAGACUCGAUCGCGACACCUAUUGUGAGCGGCACGACACACUGGUUCAAGAGCUCGGGCGACCUCGUCGCAUUCAAGGAAGGCCGGCGCCACAGCUUCGAGUACGGCCGCUACGGCAACCCCACUGUGAAGGUCCUAGAGGACAAGAUCAGUGCCCUGGAGAGGGCCGAGGGGACGCUUGUCACGUCCUCAGGCAUGAACGCCAUCGUCGCCACACUGCUCGCGCUCGUACCGCCCGGCGCCGGCCACGUGGUGACCACGACCGAGUGCUACAGCGAGGCACGCGCCUUCAUCCGCGACAAGCUCUCUAAGAUGGGCAUCAAGGUGACAUUCGUCGAGCUGAACGACAUGGAGACACUCAAGGCCGUUCUUGACCAGGGCGACGUGACACUCUUCUAUACCGACUGUCCGACGAACCCCCAUCUCAAGUGCAUCGACAUUAAGCUCGUCGCCGAUCUGUGCCACCGGAGAGGGGCUCUGGUGUGCAUUGACAGCACACUCGCCUCGCCCAUCAACCAGAAGCCACUCACCCUCGGGGCUGACAUCGUCGUGCACUCCGCCACAAAGUACAUCGCAGGACAUCAUGACGUCAUCGCAGGAUGCAUCAGUGGCUCUGAGGCGCUCAUCUCCAGAAUACGCGCGUGGCAUCACGACCUUGGCGGCGCCAUUAGUCCGGACGCAGCCUACAUGAUCAUACGCGGCCUUAAGACGAUGGCACUACGCGUGGAGACACAAAACCAAACUUCAUUGCGCAUGGCGCGCCUGCUCGAGAACCAUCCCAAGAUCGAGCGAGUGUACUACCCUGGUCUCCUAAGCAGCCCGUGGCACGACAUUGCCAAGAGCCAGAUGACUGGUUUUGGAGGAGUCAUCAGCUUCGAGGUAGCCUCAGACCUGCAUGGUGUCAUGAGGUUCGUCGACGCCCUCGAGAUACCCUUCAUCGCGACGUCCCUCGGCGGGUGCGAAAGCCUCGUGCAGCAGCCGGCAGUCAUGUCCUUCUGGGGUCAGAGUGACGAGGAAAAGGCGAAGAAUGGGAUCAAGGACAACUUGGUGCGGUUCAGCUUCGGGAUUGAGAAGUUUGAGGAUCUUAGGGAUGACAUUAUCCAAGCCCUGGAGAAGAUUUAGGACACUUCCUGAGCAAAUUAGCAAUGUAGAAACCCUUCUGUACAUCUGAUAGGUAGUCAAUUUCCGCUAAACUCCAACAGAGAUGUAAUUGGUAGGAUUCUUUUAUUU